GAGGUCAGAGGUCACGCCGGGCCGCGGGCUCCGCCCAGUCAGCUGACUGCCGCGGCUCCGUGUGACGGCUCCUUUAAGAGAGCGGAGCUGAGCCUCGGCCUCUGACGCGCCGAGGAGGAUGUGGGCAGGAAGCGCCGCGCAGGAGGAGAGCGGAGCGGAGCGAUCACGCUUGCCGAGCUGCGUUGCACGAUACGGCGCGACCAGAAUGCGCUUUGGUUCGCCUCGCUGAUGUGCCGGAGCGGCCACUCGCCUCGGAUCCGCGCCCGGCGGCCGUCGCCGCGCAAGGCCCGCGCGAUUUGCCGGGGUGGAAUUUGAGUCCCGCCCGAGCGAGAGCGCAGCCUUCCCAGCCUGCUCGGUCGGAAAACAUCGGGGCUGGUCAGCGGGUGGGCGAGAGGAGGCUUCGUCGCGGCGAGAAAAAGAAAAGGAGGUGUCUGUCUGUCUUUCCUCCCCCCUCCUGCCCCCCCUCCAGCUCCCCCCUCCUCCCCCGCCAUGAGGGAGUACAAAGUGGUUGUUUUGGGGUCGGGCGGAGUCGGCAAAUCCGCGCUCACCGUGCAGUUCGUGACGGGCUCCUUCAUCGAGAAGUACGACCCCACGAUCGAGGACUUCUACCGGAAGGAGAUCGAGGUGGACUCGUCGCCGUCCGUGCUGGAGAUCCUGGACACGGCGGGCACCGAGCAGUUCGCCUCCAUGCGGGACCUGUACAUCAAGAACGGCCAGGGCUUCAUCCUGGUCUACAGCCUGGUGAACCAGCAGAGCUUCCAGGACAUCAAGCCGAUGCGGGACCAGAUCAUCCGGGUGAAGCGGUACGAGCGGGUGCCCAUGAUCCUGGUGGGCAACAAGGUGGACCUGGAGGGCGAGCGGGAGGUGUCGUCCGGCGAGGGCAAGGCGCUGGCGCAGGACUGGAGCUGCCCGUUCAUGGAAACUUCGGCCAAAAAUAAAGGCUCGGUCGACGAGCUGUUCGCGGAGAUCGUGCGACAGAUGAACUACUCGUCUGUCCCCAGCGGCGGCGACAAGUGCUGCUCGUGUGUCCUGUUCUGAAAAGUCAACAACAACAACAACAACAACAACAAACAAACAAACAGAGAACAGUUUGAGUUCAUAACUUUUAAUGUGGGGCAAAAGUAUUCUCUCUCCUCACACUGUUGUCUUAUUGUUGCCCACAAGCGGGGGAGAAUCGACAACAACAAUCGAUUAUAAUGUAUAAUAGUCUGGAAACGUGUUUACAUGACGAAGUACUUGAAUGUUUUUGGGGAUUUUCUUUCUUGUCGUUGUUUUUAAAUAGCUUUGUAUAUGACACUUCUCUGGAAAUGUGCCUCAAUGGGAAUGUCUUAUUGUGAAAACCUAAGAGACGCGUGAUUUCCGUUUCUUUCUCUCUCUCGCUCUUUAUUUUGUGCUUUCAUUCGUUGAGUUGUCACUGUUUCAUCUUCUGGGCUGGGUCCAUCAGUCGUGGAAGUCUUGUGGUGGUUGUAGGUGGUGACGGGGUAGUUAUUAUUAUUAUCAUUAUACCCUGUUAUGAGGCCUCGUCAUAUUUAAAAUCUCCCAUAAAGCCUUGCUCAAAUCCAACCGUAGUUUUGCUCCAAAAGGUCAAGAGGUGCCGACCCGCCCACUACAGGAUGCUGUAUUUGAAGCUGUGGAUUGUGGUGGAGUUGUGUAACGGCUACAUAUCUUUGUCCCCCACCCCCUCUUCUCUCUCUCUCUCUCUCUCUGGUCCGAUGGAAGUGGAUUUAUCAUGGAACUUGCACUUAGCUGACGGUGUCCCUCCUCAGUGUGCACAAACGAGGACCUUGGUGCGUUGCUGUCGCUGCGUGGGGAACGCCACGGCCCCAUGUCAAGUGCCUUCCUCAGAAUACUCCUGUGACUGUGCCAACAGAUGAGCCCUAACUUCCUCUGCAGUGCGUCUUGAUGGCAAUCAGAACUUCUUCUUCUUCUUCUUUUCCUUUUUUUAGCCGUAUUUCAGUACACUCACCAAGGCUUGUACCAGACCUGCUCUAUCCAGGGUCAGAUUCAGGCCAUUUCUCGAGGUACUUGUCCAACAAGAACUCUUUUUUUUUUUUUUUCUCUCUAAAUGGCAAGCCAUGUCUGUCUGUAUUAUCUAGAUUUUUGUUUCUCUCUCUCUCUCUCUCUCUCUCUCUCUAAAAAUGUGACAUUUUUGACUUUACUGUAAUUGUAAUUCUCCCUUUGGACAAAUCCUCUGCCAUCAACCUGUCAGUUUGAAAGACUUGUAAUACAAAAAAAAGCAUUUUACGUAA